CAUGCUGCCAUGAUCCAUAUUAGUAGAAGGAUCCAUCAAAGCCUGAAUCUCGUAAAAUGUUAGGUCCAAGUUGAAACAACAUUAGAGAGAACGGUGACCCACGGCACCCACGUUACCCACGAAGACGGCUAAUACCGAAAUCUUAUCGGCUACAAAAGAUCUUAUCUACUCAUGAUGCAGCAAAUUCAACGACACCGAAAGGCACAAACAAAACGGUAUCCAUACAAUCGGGAACCUGGAAUAUCAAUGAUAUUUAUACAUGAACCCACGUGCAUUAGGUGCAUCCCCAUCUACCGGCAAACAAAUACUACCUACCGAUCUAAGCUACCGUGACCUCAUAGUAACCUUUAUGCCUACAUAUCGCUAAAGAUUUAACUUUGCCGUUUACAUGUGUACAACGUACUAGGUAGAUUCUCAGGUAGUACGGAGCUUGGCAACCUCCACCCACCAAAGCCGGAGGGCCGAAGUACGGAGACCAAUGUGAAAUCUAAGUGGCUACAAAAAUCUCCACGCCCUCCUGUUGACUAUGUCCGAUUACAAAAUAUUCACUACCGUUGAGACUUUUGUUACUUAAUAACCUAAAGCUAUGUCAGUGGCUAGUCGAGCAUUCCCAGUUCGAUCGCUUCUCUCCUCCACCGUACGUCGUGGUUUACUUCCGAUUUCACGAAAACCAUUCGUCUCAAUAACUUCGACUCCAAUCCGCACCAUGUCCGAUAUCACUCACGUCUUCUCUAAGGAUGCCGCUCCUCCUGCCGGCCCUUACUCUCAAGCUAUCAAGACGCCUACUGCUAUUUACUGCUCUGGCCAAAUCCCUUGUGAUGCUCAAGGCAACCUUAUAGAGGGAACCAUCGGCGAGAAGACAGCAUCUUGUAUUUCGAACCUAAAGGCUGUCCUUACUGCUGCCGGCUCCUCUAUCGAGAAGGUGGUCAAGGUCAAUGUCUUCCUAACCGACAUGGCCUUGUUCGCCGACGUCAACGUCGAGUACGCGAAGUGGUUCGUCCAUAAGCCUGCUCGUAGCUGUGUGGCUGUCAAGCAGCUGCCUAAGGGUGUUGAUAUUGAGAUAGAGUGCAUUGCUCUUCCGUAAGAAGUCUCAAUAAAAGGACAUCGAUAGAUGUAUACCAAAAUAUAUUAUCUUCGCCUACAUAUCUAGGCUAGGCUAAUCAAUCACGACGUUCUUCAAAUUACCUAUAUUGCAGUUCUUGGAUA